UGCCUCCCAAGUGCUGGGAUUAAAGGUGUGCGCCACCAGUGCCCGGCGUCCUGUUAUCUUUAUCUGCUUCAUAAUUCAGUGAGAUUGUUCUUCUCAUGCCUGUGCGUGUCUAUGUGUGGCUGUACACCUGUAUCUGGGUGUCUCUGUGAGCGAGAGCCGGGCAUCACCCCAGGGCCUCGCAGGUGCUGUGGCACUGAGAUCUACACCUAGCCCCCCUGGGACUGCUUCUGAUCAAAUGACCAGUUGAGGAUGGCUCCAAUGGGCAUCCCCACCGUGGAGGAGUACUUCAGGAUGUACUGUCUUCACACGGGCAUCCCACCCAUAGACAACUGGAACUUCUACAUGGCUUUCUCCUUUUUCCGUGUGGCUGCAAUCCUACAGGGAGUCUACAAGCGGUCACUCACUGGACAGGCAAGCUCAGCAACAGCCGAACAGAGUGGAAAGCUCACUGAGUCCAUGGCUGAGCUGGCCUGGGAUUUUGCCAUCAAAGAAGGGUUCCGGGUUUUCAAAGAGAUGCCAGCCACCCAAACACUGACAAGAUCCUACCAUGCAUGGGCUGGGCCGCGGUCCCCAAGGACUCCCACGGGUGUGAGGAGUCACAGCACUACAGCAGCUGCUUCCCCUUCUGACGAGGCAAAGGGAGGCCUGAUCAUCUCUCCAGAGGGCCUGUCUCCCCGGGUCAGAAAGUUGUAUGACCAGCUAUUGCAGUUUAUAGAACAGAAGGUGUACCCCCUGGAGCCAGAGCUGCAGAGACACCAGGCCUCAGCCGACAGGUGGAGCCCUUCCCCUCUGAUAGAAGACCUCAAGGAGAAAGCCAAGGCUGAAGGACUUUGGAACCUUUUCCUACCCUUGGAGACAGAUCCUGAGAAAAAGUACGGAGCAGGGCUGACUAUGGUGGAAUCCGCUUAUCUGUGUGAAGUGAUGGGCUUGUCUCCGUAUACUUCUGAGAUAUUUAAUUGCUCUGCCCCGGAUACGGGGAAUAUGGAGAUCCUGGUACGGUAUGGCACUGAGGAGCAGAAGGCCCGCUGGCUGGUGCCUCUGCUGGAGGGCAGGAUCCGUUCCUGCUUCGCCAUGACUGAGCCCCAGGUGGCCUCCUCAGAUGCCUCUAACAUCGAGGCUUCCAUCAAAGAGGAAGACGGCACCUAUGUCAUAAAUGGUCACAAGUGGUGGACCGCAGGCAUCCUGGAUCCACGCUGCAAACUCUGUGUGUUUAUGGGAAAAACAGACCCACAGGCUCCAAGGCACCAGCAACAGUCUAUGCUCUUGGUUCCCAUGGACACGCCAGGAAUCAAAGUCAUCCGGCCUCUGUCGGUGUUUGGGUUAGAGGAUCCUCCAGGUGGUCAUGGUGAGGUACGGUUCAAGGACGUGCGUGUGCCAAAGGACAACAUGCUUCUGGGCCCUGGCCGAGCCUUUGAGAUCGCUCGGGGCAGGCUGGGACCUGCCCGGAUUCAUCACUGCAUGAGGUUGAUCGGGUAUUCAGAGAGGGCCCUGGCACUCAUGAAGGCAAGGGUGAUGACCCGCACGGCCUUUGGGAAGCCCCUCGUGGAGCACAGCACCAUCCUGGCAGACAUUGCCCGGUCACGUGUGGACAUCGAGCAGGCACGGCUGCUGGUGCUGAAAGCUGCCCACCUCAUGGAUGUGGCCGGAAAUAAGGCUGCAGCUUUAGAGAUUGCCAUGAUUAAAAUGGUAGUCCCUUCCAUGGCCUAUCGUGUAAUUGACCGUGCUAUUCAGGCCUUUGGAGCAGCAGGCCUCAGCAGUGACUACCCCCUGGCUCAGUUCUUUGGCUGGGCCAGAACCCUGCGCUUAGGUGAUGGUCAGCUGACAGUGGCUAAGAUGGAACUGAAGAAUCACUCCAGGCUGCAGGAGCCAGCAGCGUCCAGAGUGUAGAUGCUGUGUCUGGAAAGGCCUGGUUUGUGUGGUUCUUACAUCGCAUCCAUCACCUCAGUCUGGGACAGUUACUGUCACCUGAGCCUUCUGGGGUCUCUUCCAGAAGAUGUUUCUGGAGAGGCUGAGUUAGAGCAUGUUUUAGGCAUGGAGGAAGCAGAUUUGAGUGCAGGCCUGGGUAGCUGUUCUUGAGUUCUUCAGAGUUGACCUGUGACCCCUUUCCUCCAGGCUCUAGAAAUCUGAACACCAUGUGCUCUGAUCUCUCCAGAGGUGAUGAGGGUCCUUCUUGGGGCUUCCAGGAAAGCAGAGGGAAUGGGUCACCGCAGAUGUUCCUGGGAACUGGGAUGAAGCCACUCUGUGAUGCCCCAGAAGUGCCCACGCAUGGAAUACUGAUUCAGAUUCUCUGUUGGAAAGGGGCUUUGGGGACAGAAAGAAUCUGUCUAUUUCCUAUGUCACAUGAAGGGCAUGGGGGAUAAAGGUUCCCACUGCCCCCUGACUCAGGUAGCUUUCCCAGUGCUGGCCUUAUGUCCCAGGGUCCCAUGGGACAUGGACGCCACAGCUCCUGAUAAUGCCAUGUGUCUUCUUCACACCUCACCAGCUGUUCAGAAACCUCACCAGAGGAGCCAUGCCAUCUGAGUAAGACCCUCUGUAACUGUCACUAUCUGCCACCUGCCCUCUUGGUUGUGUUGGGGCACGGAGGGUGUCAGGCAACAUGCCACUGAGAUUUGAAGAGUACUGUGCCCUCUCUCCGGAUGGGUAAUGGUCACCUCUGCAAGGUCUGGCUUCUCCAAAAAGCAAGGGCAGCACCAUCCCAGAAAAAGAUGGAGUCAUGGUUGGAAGGAGUCAAGCUUAAGGUGCUGCCACAGGCCAGGUCAGGUCAGGUAGCCUGGCAGACACCAUCAUGUGCUAUCCUGUAGACUUACCUCAAGGGACCUGCCUUCCCCUCAUUGCCCUGCUGCUGCAGCCUGGGCCAUGCACUGCAGACUGCACAGUUGCCACAGGCUCCUGAAUAGGUUUCCCAGGUGUGCUAGUCCCCACUUGGGCUGGGGACACAGGUGCCACCACACCUGAAGGAAGAUCCAUGAGGGGCCCAGCAAAUUCCAGCAACCUGAGCCCCACUUCUGUUUCAGGCCUGAGAGAAAAACAAGGGUUUAUAAAACAGGAAGUGGUUAUCACAUAGCAUGUGAUGUGGGCCUUAGAAUGUCUCUUGACCUCUGAGGUUAACACUUGCUCUACUGCCAUGCUAAGGCAUGAUGACCCCAUGUCUGCCUCAGACUAGCUGCUUCAAGGCUGCAUGCAAGCUCCUGGUCUUAACCACUGAACCAUCUAUCUAACCCCCAGUUUUGAUUUGUAAAAGACCCUUCUGGGGCUGGGAAGCAUGCUAUGCAGGGAAAGUCUUUGCUGCCCAAGCAUAAGCUCCUGACUUUGUGCUCCAGAACCCACAUGGGAAAGUUGGGUGUCUGCGGCAUUGCACUUGUGAUCAAUGGGAGAGCCAUCAGAGGAGAGUCCUGGUGGAUGAGCAGCUAGCCUUGCCUGCUUAGGCCCUAUCUCAACAAUCAAUGUAGCCACCUCCUGAAGAAUUACACCCAAGGUUGUUCUCUGGCCUCCACACACACAUGGACACAUGAAACACUUGUGUACACACACACACACACACUUGC